UCCUUCUUCACCACCCCAAAAAUUCAAUUCCGACUUCUUCUGGGUUUUCAAUUCUCUUACAAUUUUUCAGUCUAUUGAAUCCAACCCAUCUUUUUACUUGCGGAAAGAUCAUCUGGGUUUCUGUAAUUCUUGGGGUGUGUGUCAAAAAUCUGUGUCCGAUAGCAGUGAGAUUUGAACAAGCUCGUAACUUGGCAAUAACCCAUUAAAGAACAAGAACCAUCAACUUUCUCUUCUCUAUCUUUAAUAUAUAUAUAUAGACUAGGGUUUUGGUUAACUUUAUGAGUAAGAUGGGUGAUAACCAGAUUAACCCCCGUCAAGGUUUUGAACUCUCAGUCCCUAUGCCUCCAGAAGUAGGCUCCAAGUGCUAUGACGACGACGGCCGUCUUAAAAGAACUGGAACUGUAUGGACUGCAAGUGCUCAUAUUAUUACUGCGGUAAUUGGGUCUGGAGUUUUGUCCUUGGCUUGGGCAGUAGCUCAGCUAGGAUGGGUUGCUGGUCCUGCUGUGAUGCUCUUAUUCUCCUUUGUCACUUACUACACUUCAACUCUUCUCUCUGCCUGCUAUCGUUCCGGCGAUCCUGUCACUGGAAAAAGAAACUAUACUUACACCAAUGCCGUCCGAUCCAACCUUGGUGGUUUCAAGGUGAAAAUUUGUGGGUUUGUUCAGUACUUGAAUCUUUUUGGAGUUGCCAUUGGAUACACUAUAGCAUCAUCCAUAAGCAUGGUGGCAAUUAAGAGGUCUAAUUGUUUCUACAAGAAUGGUGACACAGCACCAUGCCAUGUAAACAGCAAUCCUUACAUGAUCGCUUUUGGGGUAGCAGAAAUCAUAUUCUCUCAAAUUCCAGACUUCGAUCAGUUGUGGUGGCUCUCCAUUGUUGCUGCGGUCAUGUCCUUCACUUAUUCCUCCAUCGGACUUGGCCUCGGAAUCGCCAAAGUCGUAGAAACUGGAACUAUCAAAGGAAGUAUGACUGGAAUAGACAUUGGAGCAGUAACUGAAACACAAAAAAUAUGGAGGAGCUUCCAAGCACUUGGGGACAUAGCUUUUGCCUACUCAUAUUCUCUCAUCCUCAUUGAAAUUCAGGACACGGUAAAAUCCCCGCCAUCCGAAGCCAAGACAAUGAAGAAGGCAACUUUAGUCAGUGUGGCUACCACAACCCUUUUCUACAUGUUGUGUGGUUGCAUGGGCUACGCCGCUUUUGGAGACUCAUCCCCUGGAAACCUCCUCACUGGUUUUGGCUUCUUCAACCCCUACUGGCUCAUCGACAUAGCGAACGCCGCCAUUGUCAUCCACCUUGUUGGUGCUUACCAAGUGUUUGUCCAACCCCUCUAUGCAUUUGUUGAGAAAACAGUAAAAGAAAAGUACCCGCACAGCCAGUUCAUCACCAAAGACAUCAAAUUCCGACUCCCAGUUUUCGGUUCUUACAAUCUCAACCUCUUCAGACUGGUAUGGAGGACAUCUUUUGUGAUUGUCACCACUGUGAUCUCCAUGAUCCUGCCAUUUUUCAAUGAUGUUGUUGGACUUCUAGGGGCUCUAGGAUUUUGGCCGCUCACAGUAUACUUCCCUGUGGAGAUGUAUAUUGCUCAAAAGAGGAUACCAAAGUGGAGCACAAGAUGGCUUUGCCUCCAAACCUUGAGUGGUGCUUGCCUUAUAAUCACCAUAGCAGCUGCUGCUGGAUCAAUUGCUGGUGUGAUUAGUGAUCUCAAGAUCUACAAGCCUUUCAAGACCAGCUACUGAUGAGUUUAGCAAAUAUGUCGUAGCACUAUAUAUAUGUUUUCAUCGUUACUUAAGAGUUUGCAAAUUUUCAAAAAGUAAAAGAGCAUUGGCACUUUGAUUUCAAA